AUGGCGCAAAGCCUCCCGAAGCUCCCCCAAUCAUCCACCGGCGAUGUCGGACUGCCUGCCGUCGCUGACCACCAUCAACUCCUCUCCACCGACCUCAUCGACCUCAUCCUCUCCCUCCUCCCCGUCCCCUCCCUCCUCCGCGCCUCCUCCGUCUGCAAGCUCUGGCGCUCCAUCAUCACCUCCUCUUCAACCAAUUCUAGCGCCGCCGGCCCUUCUUCUUCUUCUUCUUCUUCUUUCCCCUGGUUCUUCCUCUACGGCAUCCACAACACCUCCUCCCGCAACAACCAGUCCUUCGCCUUCGACCCCCUCUCCGACGCCUGGUUCCGCCUCCCCACCCACACCCACCGCGCCUUCACCGCCUCCUCCGGCUUCCUCUUCACCACCACCCCGGCCUUCUCCUUCACCCGCGUCUUCCGCGACUCCUGGCGCUCCACCUCCCCGCUCCACUUCUCCCGCCUCAACCCCCUCCUCGCCGUCUUCCCCGACGACCGCGGCCCCGGCCCCGGCCCCGGCCCCGGCCCCGGCCUGCGGUUCGUCGUCGUCGGGGGCGACGGCUUCGUCGGCAACCUCGUCGACAUCGAGGACCGGCUGGCGGUCGAGAUUUACGACCCCCGGUCCGACCGCUGGGACCUCUGCCCUCCCUUGCCCGCCGACUUCCGCCCCGGGAACUCGUCGCAGUCCCUGUCGUCGGCGCUCUUCCGCGGUAGGUUUUAUGUGUUCGGGAUCUAUUCUAGCUUCGUGUCGUGCUUCGACCUGCGCGAUCGGAUCUGGAGCGACGUGCAGACUCUGAGACCGCCCGGGGUCCUGUUUUCUUUCUUGAUCGCGUGUCGGCAACGGCUGGUCCUGGCGGGCAUGUGCGUCGGGCCGAGCGGGCCGUCGUUUAACUUGUGGCAGAUUGAUGAGACGAGCAUGGAAUUCAGGGAAAUCGCGAUCAUGCCCUCCAAUUUGCUCAAUGGGCUGGUCGAUAGCGAGGAGGAAGAUAAAUUCGCGAGCUUGAAAUGCGUUGGAUCGGGUGAUAUGAUUUAUGUGUUUAAUGAGGAGUAUCAUAAGAAGUACCCUGCUUGUGUCUGUGAGAUUGGUAGUGAUUAUGGCAGGUGCAGCUGGAGGAGGCUACCGGAUUUGCCAUCUCCCGUGAAUAAGUUCCACAAGGUCUUCAGCUUUUGUUCCGCCGUUUCAAUUCAUACUGUUCUUCACGGCGAAGCCGAUGAAGCUGCCUGACUGACUCGUCCUCCUGGGUGUGAAUUGUGCCGGGGCUAUCUAUGCCUUGUGCCUAAUGGCAGGUGUAUAAGCAUAUGUGCCAUUAUAUAUCAUUGUAAGCUGAUAUGUUUAUAAUCAUUUUGUUGCACAUUGUAAGGAUGCCAUAGUUUGAAUCUGUUACACCAGAAAUUCUUUGUUCAUGUUUACCUUAUGUACUAAAAUGUAUUUGAUCUUUCUGAUAGAAUUAAGGAAGAAUAAUGACUGUGCAACCUUUCUUUGCGAGUAAACUUUGCUUGUUUCAGCAACCUUUCCCUGUGCGUGUUGUCGACGUGGUGGUCUCAUAACUGAUACGUGGUCAUUUCAUGAAUGUUACCCUAGGAUACUUGUAUGAGACUUCUCUUAAAUGACAUAGUCAUUUUGUGCAUUUACCUUGACGGCCUGUUGAGGUUCUACUUGGGGUGCCGGAGUUAUAGGUAAGACUUUACUCUAUUUCCCUCUGCAUGAGUAGCAGAUUUGAUGUUUGAGUCUUUGGUUUAUUAAUGGCAUGGUUUGAAAAGGUUGUCACAGGGAGAAUGAUACUUCAGUUAGUUGAAGUUUUUACGGGGGAAAUGUAAAGCAGAUCUCUAAGGUUUUCGACAGUCCUGUGUUAGUGAUGAGUUCGUGGUUCUACCUUCAAGUUCGAUGUAGAGUUUUUCCUACGUAUCAGUUUAUCUGAACAUCUGCGAGCGUUCUAACUUCUGGAGUGCCUGUCCUUCCAUUAUUAUUCUCUAUAGGGUAAGGGAAAUAUCCAUUGUAAGGCCACUACAAAUGUUAACUUCUGAAGGAUAAUGUGCAUCAUAUGGCCAUCUUGGAUGGUCCAAUUAUUGUUAAGCUGCUGGUUUUUCCCUUUUUCUUUGGCCAUAUAGGAGUUGUCAAUUGUUUUAGUAGGAAUUUAGUUGAAAACUGCAGGAUUAUGGUCGAAGAUUGUAUACACUAUACAGGAGAGAUGAAGGGUCGCUAUAUUCUCUCUUUCCUUCAAGUUUUUCCCAUCCAGAGGCAUUGAUCUAAAGCCUUCCUCAAUAUAGCAGUUAUUAACAUUUCUUUUGUACUUCUUCACAUUUUUGUCAGUUUUAUUCUCUUAUGAAUUUCUUGAUGUGCUUGUUCUUACUCUUUGUUGAUGAUUAAUGCAUCUAUUGCGAGUAAGUUUUGCUAGAAUGUUCUGAACAUUCUUUCCCUGCAGUGAGAAUUUGUGGAUCCUGUUGUAUCAAUACUCUCACUUCUCUCUUUCCCUGACUGUUGUAAAAUUCAGUGUUGUUGCGCUUUGAUAGUGACCAGUUCAUAAAAGAAAGCUCAUCUAGAGACUGUUCUAGUGCCAUUUUCUUCAUCACCAGGAUAAGUUGCCUGGGUUCACAUCCAUGUCAUAUGCUGCUCCUAGUGUGCUUCUAGACAUUCUAUUUCAGAUUCCUGUCCAAGCUUUACAUUUUAGUGGUGGUGUACAUGUUUAGCAUUCAAAUACUGCAAAUAUCAAUGUUCUGCCGUCCUGCCCAUGGCUUUAUCUCUUUGCUGUAAUCAAUGUUUUUCAGGUGAAGAUAAAUAAUCAUUUGAAAUCAGUUCUUCCACGUGACAUUAGUUGCAUUUGAUUUCCUGUCUCAUGUUAAUUCACAGAGAAGAAAUAGACCGAAGCUGCACACUCGGAUCGCCAGUUGGUUCCUCUUUCUUUCUUUCUUCAGCCCUGGCCAUGUACUGUCUACUUUGUGUAAUUCUUUUAAAUCUGUAAUCUGUUACAGAAUGACUAUGCUAAUGGUUAAUGUAGAAAAGUAGCUUCACGUGAUUGCAAUGAA